GGAAGUUGUCCCAGCGAUGAUUUAAUGGAGCGAUUUCGUUGGAGAGUUGCAGAGGGCAGGGGGUCAGCUGUUGAUAUAAGAGGGCUACAAUUCUACCAUGGCACGACAUGUGCUCUUUAGCCUUGAUGAAAAAGUUGACAAGCAAGACCCAAGAGAAAAGGAGCUUCGUGCAGCAUAUGAGUUUGUGCAGGAACUUCGCAGUAACAGAAAUGAAGGAGACUUCCUUCGCGUGCUACACGAACAGAUUGAUUCAAAUAAUGAUCAAAUCAAUGGCGGCCUCCUGUAUGGUGCUCUGACAGAGCAGAAGUCCUCACAAUACGCUACCCUUCUGCAGCUUGUUGUGACAGACAACUUCAAUUACAUCAUCACCAAGCUAUUUGCUCUCACCGAGGAUGUGGACCUGGUUAACUUGAGACCGUUUCGGAUGUUACGCUCUCAUGUUCGUCUUAAGAUUGUAUGGCUUGUUGAUAAGAUUGCCGAAACAAAUCUGGAGCGUGUACAGUCUCUCGUCAUGCUGCUCACCCGGCAUAUUAAAAGCGGUGAUCCAGCCGCGGAAAAUAUAGCUUUGGCAAGGGGAUUAGUGAACAUCCUGAAUCGCUAUUGGAGGCGAUUAGAUACACGAAGCGAUAUCAUACCUACCACUGUUUAUUCAUUUCUGCGACUUAUAGCUGAUCAUUCCCAAGAGCUAGACCUGCGGCAAGCGGAGGUGGACUAUGUGUGCACAAUGAUACGCAAUAGGUUCCGGGAUUGUCUACGUAUCGGCAGGGAUCUCGUACGACUUCUGUUAACCGUGAGCCGCAUUCCGGGCAUUUCUGAUAUACUACGUGAUAUGUUCAUAUCCCCGAAGCAGCUUGAUCCAAGUUUUGAACGUGUGCAGCAAUUGUUGGCUACGCCCAGUCCGCCGUUCGUAAUAGCCCAACGGAUAACUCCGGAAAUGGAUAUCAAGAUGCGGUUCAUCCUCGAUAAAGUGAAAACCAAAAUGAAGAGUGUGGCCAUUCGAAAUUACAGAAACGUGUUCCUCUCGAAUACGGACGAGUCCAUUUAUGUAGAUCUGAUACGAUUUAUUUGCACUGGGAUACAGCCGCCAAAUACUAUCCUGGGAUCGAAAAUCGUUCAGCGCUGGGAAGUCAUCCAAAAACUGCUCAGUGGAAUGAAGACCUCUGUUGCGAUUCAGGAUGUGAAGCUAGCGCUGUUCUUUGAUUGGCUGUUCUGGAAUCCUGCGCAUGAUAAUAUCAUGUAUAUAGAACCGGCAAUGCUGAUGAUGGAAAGGGCGUGUCAGCCGCCUUCCGAACAUCCUGUGAUAACAGCGACGAGCAUCGAAUAUCUUUAUUACGUUGUGGACAAUUAUCUGCCAAAAAUGGCGUCCGAGAUCCGAAGAAACCUGACAUUUGCGAUGUUUAGUUUGGUGCAAAUGGGCGUAGUUAGAUCUUUGCGACGAAUCUAUACGGCUCCUAGUCUAGAACAGGAUACCCGGGAGCAAUUGGAAAACCUAUUUUCACAAUUUACUCAGUUGAACGAUGGUCAGCGUCCACCUAUCCCUUCUCUUCUUACGAGUGGUGAACUCCCUCAACAGACUCGUACAACGACGCAAGGAAUGUCCGAGGCUCAGGAAGUCGCCUUCAAAGCCCUUGCUUCGCAGAUCAAGCAGCUGAGAUCGCAAGCCGCACCUGCCACUUACGCUGAGCUAUUUCAGCUAUUCGUUACGCCGGAUAUCUGCUCUACAGAAUGCAUGGAUGAUAUGUUUGCAGUGCUGCAAGCGACGCGGAAUGAUACCUUUCUCGAUCACCUGGUGGCAGCAUACAGUCGUUACCCGGAAGCCAGGCCCAAACUUCUGAACAUAUUACUUCGGGGUUACACUACAAAUCGAAAGUUUGGUGGCUAUUUGGGAACCUACGUGAUGGGGAAAUUGGCAUUGCAAACCUCCGAGAUCUCGGUGGGGCUUUACAAAGACCUUGCAAACCAUAUGCGGAUGUCAUUAGGUGACCGACUAGUAAAAGACAUGCAGGUCAUCCACGAGCAGCAGCAGGACGUGUUUUAUGCCGAUAUAUUGCCCAUUGCAUGCCGCUUCUUCCCAGACGAAUGUCAUUCCAAUGUUGAUUUAUUGGACGUGACAUUGUCAAUCAUAGAUUUUCCCUUGUGUGCACAGAUUUCGUUGGCCCUUAGUAAGGGACAGUAUCGAUUAUUCGGUGUAAAAAACCCGUUUGAAGUGUUAAAGAGUUCCUUGGAAAACUGGGAUGAGCUUAAUAUUCUAUUCCUCUGGAAGCUGCUUAUAGCUGAAAAAGGCGGACGGGUCGACGAAAUUGAAGCCUUCAUGGAAUCAUUAUCGAACCUACCGGACUUGGGCAAUUCAUUGGCGACAAUAGAUGGGUUGAUGCAACUCUGCAAAACGGCACCUGCUACCCCACGUCUCAUGCUAGCAGCUCUUACUCGUCAUGAUUUAAAUGGCCAGGAUUUGCUAAAACAUUGGUGGACAUGUGGAGAUCACACUAAAUUCAGUGCCUCUCUGGCUGACGCGCUCAUUCGUUGCAAAGACCUGGAUAUGGACACCCACACAAUGGCGGAGACACAGGGGCGACUUCAGAUACUACUGAACCAUCUAGCUAGCUGGAAGGCUGAUUACAUGGUUUUACCGGCCGACUCAGAAGAUUCUCCGUUCUCUAGCCCUCUGGUGAAAACUGCCCUGGCAAAUAGUUUGAUGGGACUUCCAUCGCUUGCUGCGUACACGAUUCUCCUUCAAUAACAAUAAUCAUCACUAGCUGCAAAUAGUUGGGCAGGGGAUGCCAUGACCACACGCGAAAUGUGGGAGGACGCCCGGCUAUCUACGUUCGAGUAGCGAUCAAGCCGCUGAAGGCAUCUGACCUACGACUAGCACCUGGCAUAGUACGAUUAAUCAAUUGUUGAUUGCAUCAAGCACGAGUUAACGUGACAUCUUCGCGAAGAAAAUACAUCUUCUUCAAGCAGCCGGUCAUCAAUUCGCCCUCUAAAAUAAUCCAUCGAGAACGCGAACGAUCGCACGACACACAUCCACCAGAGUUUUACCCUAUUUCUUUACAUGUCCCAGCAUGGUGGGCCUCGCAUGGCCUGUUUUGAGCAGUAAUUUGCGGCUAGAGGAACGGAUGAUGCGUGUCCGAGUGGCAUAUUGAGUGAUGAGCCAUGUCCCAACUGUCUGCAAUACAUAACCCUUGUAGUAGCUGGCAUCAUUUCUCAGUCCGUUGAUAAUUUUGUGAAGUUCAAAUUCGGACAUGAUAUCUUAC